AUGCAGAAGGACAUUGCCAAAAAAGAUCCGCAAGUGAGCGACAGCCGUGUUUCGCGACGACAGUACAACUACGCCAAGGAGACGGGUCUUUGCGAUGGUGACACCUACAAAGUUCUUGACAUGAUGGCGCAACAACAGGGUAUAAUUCCAAAGUCUGAAAAGUUUAUUAACCUUAAAUUGAUAAAGAAAGGGCCAAGAAAGAUCUCGAAGAACUUGCUGAACAGGAGCGUGAACGGCGAGCAAAGGAAAAAGACACAAAAGUCACUAAAAAGAAGAACAAGAGCCAGUCAAAAUCAGAACUCUGAAUGUUUAUUAAUUUACUUGUUUAUGACAGAAAUUUCGCUAAAAGAAUUGAAGGAUCUCGCCGAUGAUAACGAGAUCGACCUGUCGGCUCGAGGCCUCACUGCUGUACCUAAAGCAUUGCCACAGGUCCCACGACUGACUCAUGUCGAUCUAGGAUCUAACAAAAUUACAGUUUUACCGCCGUCUUUGUGCACAAUGACUCGCCUUGUGAGGCUGGAGUUGGGCAGCAAUCAGCUGGAUCACCUUCCCGACAAUAUUGGAGCCCUUGUACAUUUAGAACAUCUGGAUCUUUACAAUAAUCAAAUCGAGGUUUGUAGUUGCAAGAAGUUUCAGUAUUUGGAAUGUGUGCAGUAG